AUGAGGUGGAGGAGGAUGAGGUUGUGGAUCUCUCCUUCUUGUCCAUGGUGGGGUGACUGCUGGCAGUGUGCGUGUGUGUGUAUGUGCGGCCUCGCAUUCUGUGGAAUGUGUGGGCUGUGGCUGCCUCUUGCCAUGCUGUGUGCUCUCUUUGCGCGUGUGUCUAUGCUGCGCCUCUCUCUUCCUCUCCCUCUUGUUCUGUCUUUCCCUUCCCCACUCCGUGUGCAGAUCAACGGACUGACCCCAGCAACUCUAGGAAGGAUGAUGACCACUGCGAUGACGGCGACUGCACUGCGCCGUGAGGUGUGCGCCCUGUUGUCCCCCGCGCUGUUGUGCUGCUGCGCUUCUGUGUGCGUGGCGGCUGCGGCUGCGACGGGGGCUGCUGUACAUUCAAAUGAUUUGUAUUUCGUAGGGCCUGCUGUGAACCUGUUGGUGGAGGUCUCGUGUGCAAACAGUGGGAAUAAGUCGCAAUGGCGCUUUCCCGGCCAGACAAAUUGGAAUAAGUGUGCACUCGUACAGGGUGCUCAUGACUACAAUGUUGAUCAGGAGAACAAUGGAGGCUACACUGUUGUUGCGGAGGAGACUGUAAGCUAUAAUGUUGUUCAGGUGGGCAGUGAAGAAUACACUGUAAGUGGUACAUCUGACGAAGUUGUUGUUGUUAUUUUGGAUUCGUCACGUGAGGAUCCCAGCCUUGUCAGUGAGUCACUUUGCCUCUCGGCCGAACGGAUGUACUCGGCUGCAAAAUGUAAUGAAUCCUGCAAUUCAUCUAAUUCGGAUGCAACCGCGUUUACGAAGGAAUAUUCUACGAGUAACGCCAGUGGUGUGUACAAGAAGUGGCUGGAAUAUAAUAAGUCUUCUAAUCCUGCUGCGGGAAGCACCCCAGGCGUCUGUCCGUUAAAGACUUCUGUUGAAAAGGCACCUGAGAAGGCUAACGGUGGACCUCAAGAGGCCGCUGCAGUAGCGUCGGCAGCACAAGUGACAGCAGUGGAGGCACCCGCAGCGGGGCAGACUGCAGGCAGUUCGAGUUCAGCUGCGAGUGGGGCCCCAUCAUCGGCACAGACUAUUGAGCAGGGGAUAGCCCCAGCGGACCCACAACCCGGUAACACUUCGCAGCUGCCAACAGGCGAAGGGGUUGGCAGAACGGAUGCAUCCGGGACGACGCAAACACCCUCAGCCACUCCCGCCAGCGGCAAUGGUGGGGCCUCCGGUGCAGCCACGGCCGGUGCUGCCUCACAGUCCGGCAACCCGACAUAUACGAGGGAGGCCAACAACAGUGCCACCACCGGAGCGCAGGAUCCCGGCACGUCGGACAGCAGCGCCAUCGCCACUGCGUGGGUGCACACACCACUGCUGCUGCUGCUGACCGCCCUUGUCUGUGCCGCUGGGCAGCGGUGCGGAGCAGCCACACAAGAAUGA